ACCAACCUGUCUGACGCCCGCCCUCUCCAGGCAGACCCGGUACGCCUCACGCAGCUCUAUGAACAGGCCCGCUGGGACCUGCUGCUGGAGGAGAUCGAUUGCACAGAGGAGGAGAUGAUGGUCUUUGCGGCACUGCAGUACCACAUUAACAAGCUGGCCCUGAGCGGGGAGCAGGACGACGCCCCGGGUGGCAGUGGCCUGGAUGAUCUGGACGCUGCACUGAAUAACCUGGAGGUGAAGCUGGCGGGCUCGGCCUCCACGGACGUGCUGGACAGCCUAACGGCCAUCCCUGAGCUCAAGGACCAUCUCCGCAUCUUCCGGCCCCGGAAGCUCACCCUGAAGGGAUACCGCCAAUACUGGGUUGUGUUUAAGGAGACCAUGCUCUCCUAUUACAAGAGCCAAGAGGAGGCCCCUGGAGACCCCAUACAGCAGCUCCAUCUUAAGGGCUGUGAGGUGGUACCCGACGUCAACGUCUCCGGCCAGAAGUUCUGCAUCAAACUUUUGGUACCUUCGCCGGAGGGCAUGAGCGAGCUCUACCUGCGCUGCCAGGAUGAGCAGCAGUAUGCCCAGUGGAUGGCCGGCUGCCGCCUGGCCUCCAAGGGUCGCACCAUGGCAGACAGCAGCUACCAGAGCGAGGUUCAGGGCAUCCUGGCCUUCCUUAGCCUGCAGCGGACAGGGGGAGGUGGAGGCACCGGCCCCACCAACCCCCAGGGCCCUGAAGCCAGCGGGGAGGCGCUCAACCCCCACGGCCUCGUCGCCCCUCGAUUCCAGCGGAAGCUAAAGGCCAAACAGCUGACCCCCCGAAUCCUGGAGGCACACCAGAAUGUGGCCCAGCUCUCUCUGUCCGAGGCCAAGCUCCGAUUCAUCCAGGCCUGGCAGUCCCUGCCCGACUUUGGCAUCUCCUACUUCGUCGUCAGGUUCAAGGGCAGCAGGCGGAAUGAGAUCCUGGGCAUCGCCAACAACCGUCUGAUCCGCAUCGACCUGGCCGUGGGCGACGUCAUAAAGACUUGGCGAUUCAGUAACAUGCGUCAGUGGAACGUCAACUGGGACAUCCGCCAGGUGGCCAUCGAGUUUGAUGAGCACAUCAACGUGGCCUUCAGCUGCGUGUCAGCCGGCUGCCGCGUCCUGCACGAGUACAUCGGCGGCUACAUCUUCCUGUCCACCCGGGAACGCGCCCGAGGCGAGGAGCUGGACGAGGAUCUCUUCCUGCAGCUUACUGGGGGCCAUGAAGCCUUCUGAGGCCCCCCGAGGGUCUCCUCCAUCCCCCCGCUGUGCCCAAGCAAGGCCUGGCGCUCUCACAAAAGCUUCCCCUCACUCCGUCCCCCCGCCCCAAAGCACACACUGCUGUCAUCACCCCUGGCGCCCACUUGGAGGGGGGCCCAGGCCUCGCCUCCUGUCUCCCUCCUCCCUGACAAAGCUCCCCACUUCCUUUGUGCAGGGAAAAGGGAGAGGCUGAGCAGGACGGCCUCCCCACCAGAGGCCGCUCAACCUGCCUGAGGCAUCGGCUCUCCCCUGCUCUGGAGGUGAGCCAGGCAGGCUGAGGGGCCCCAGGACCCAACUGCCAUCUGACCGCCACGCUCCAAGGCAAUCUGGACUCAGGGCUGCAGAGACACUCGGGCACAAUCACAAGAAGGAAAUGUUUUCUUUAUUAGUUUUUAUUUGUCUUUUUAUAAAUAAAUAUUUCACAGUUGGA